AUUUUUAGAUGCAGGAAACAGAACCAACACAAUAAAUAAAUUUGUAAUAAUUAAUUUGAUAAUAUAAUAAUAUUACACUAUUAACCUCUUUAUGCAUGUAACAAUUAUUAUGUCUAUUACUGUUAACAAGAUCUCCGCUAUGACAGCCGAUCACGAAGUUAGCACAGCGAUAGAACCAAUCAGCACUUCGGAAAAGCGACAACAAUAAAUUCGAUAAUUCGAGAAUCGAUGCAAUACAUUUUUUCAGAAAGAAUUCUAACAAUACAUAUACGUCUAAUCCUAAUCUCAGAAUGUGAUUCCUCCUCAUGGAAAUACUGAUCUGAUAAAUGUUAUAAAAACACAAGUAACAGAAUGUAUGAAUAAUGUCAUGACAGAAAUUAGGAUGAUAAAUCAACGUUCGAAUUAAAGAGUAAAUAAAAGUCCAAUAAAACCAAAAGUAAUUUCAUUCGAAACGAUUGAAGAAGUGUUGGAAUUCAAUCAGUCAAAUAAUGCAAAAUAUAUACAAAUGGUACAGUAUCUUGCAUCCAUUGGAGGAAGAAAUAUAAGAGACGUAAUAUAUUUGGCAUUUAAAGAGAUUUUUACUCCAAAUUCAGCCUCAUUGUUUACAUGGACAGGCAAGAACAACAAUAACCAUUCUACAAAGGAAAAAUUAUCAGAUUUACGAGUUAUAGAUGCUUUACAUGAUGCUGCUUCUACACAUUUUGAAUUAACACUUUCAGAAUUUAAAUUUUAUGUAUCAGAAGCCUUACGAUCAGCCAAGCAAAGGCAUCGACAUCAGCAGCGUAUGAAUACAAGAGAACAACACAAUAUAAUCUGAGAUCUUAUUGAAACUUUCCAUUUAAAUUUAACUUUUUGUAUUUCAAUGUUUCAUCUUAAAUUUAUUUUAAAUUUAAUUUUUUGUAUUUCAAUAUUUCAUCUAAGAACUAAUAUUAAAUUUUUUUAUUAUUGUAUUAAUUAAAGAAUAAAAAUACAUAUUAUACUUUUUUGUAUUUCAAAUUUUUAUCUAAGAACUACGUACAUAUCAAAUUUUAUUGGAUUAAUUAAAGAAUAAAAAUGCAUAUUAUACAAGAAUACGUGAUUUGAUUUUGUUGUAGCUUAUCAUCUAUUACAUAUACGAGUAUACACACACGCACACACACAAAAUGUUUUCUGGAUUUUAUCCAUAUCAUAUAUUUUAUUUAUAUAUAAUAUAGCAAAUGUGUAUAUUAUAUAUACAUAUAUGCCCUUAUAUCAUUUGAAUAGCAAUUUAUAUGUAUAUGCACACAUGUAUAUGUGUAAUUGCUAUACGAAUGGUAAUGUGAAGACAUAUACUACUGUGUCCAAAAAGUAAGGUGACAUUGCAUUUAUUUCGAAAAUUCUUUAUUUAUUCUUGCAAAUUUGUAUUGUUGGAAUUCUUGAUUUAUUUAAUUAACGAAUUACACUAUAGAGAAUAUAAAAGAACGUAUACAGAACACGCACGAUCUUGAUGACAGACAUAAGACAAGUGACACAUAUGUAAUACAUAGCAACGAUAUAGAAAUCAUAUUGAACAUGUAUCGUUAGCUUAUUUCAUACAGCACCAACACUCUUUUAUAUUUACUAGAUUAAAUUAUUAA